CUCGUGGCCCGUAUUUUACCUCGCUGUAAAAGAAUGUGGCGUGAUCCGAACGUAGUGGGGGUCGCCUUCCAGAAAAAACGAAAAAAAUCGAAAGGCGUUCAGAACUUUUCGAGAAGUCGAACCGUCAACACAUGUGGCGCUUGGCCAUGGAUCGCUGCAUUAGGUUUUCGUAAUCCCCGAAACCCAGACAAACCACUAUGGAAGUGCGGAGGUUCCCUGAUAUCGGCUAGGCAUGUUUUGACCGCAGCACAUUGUGCACAUAUGGAUGGAAUAGUAAACAUACACAAUCAUAAUAUUGUCAUUCUUAGAUUGGUGGAGGAGGUGCCAUUUUCGAGGUACGUAUAUCCCAUUUGUACGAAAGAGCCCCUACGAAAGAGCAACUUCGUCGGCUAUAACCCCCUUGUUGCUGGAUGGGGAGCAUUAAGAUAUAGACGACCACGACGUAAUGCAUUAAUGGAAGUACAAAUGCCAGUGAUUAAGAACGCCGAAUGCAAAAUAGCUUAUUCCAAAUUUCCUAAUGCACCUGAUAUCACUGAUGGUAUAAUAUGCGCCGAACAUGCUCAGGGUGGAGAGGAUUCUUGUACGGCUGACCGCGGCGGACCACUGCUGAUACAACAUGAAUUAACCUCGUAUUUAAUAGGUAUUGUGUCUUAUGCUUAUAAGUGCGGCACAGCUGGGUAUCCCAGCGUUUACACUAAGGUCACAUCGUACCUUGACUUCAUUCUCCAAGCGAUGCAAUAAUAUGAUAUUACUGUUCCAUAAAUAUCAUUGUGUAAAAAACGUAAAGUUGGAUUUUCUUAUUGUGGAGAUAAGAAACAGCUCAAAUUUACAUUGUUUUGUACGUUACAAAUUAUAGGCUUAAAAUGUACGAAAUGUAACUUUGAAACGACACUAAUUUUUUACGCACGAUAAACCUCCACGACUUAGAUUAUAGAUUCCUAUACGACUCUCAGUAAAAAUUUAUCCGCACUCCAGAUAGUUAAAACUUCUGUCGACCGUAUUGAUCCAUCUGCACUCUUCGUAUGACGUCAAUAUCUGUUCAGUGCUGCUG